AUGGAAGCUGAGACUAGUUCUAGCAGCAGCAAGAACAGAGUAAGAAUAAACAAUGACUAUGGCUUCAUGGAUACGAUUCUUUCGUGGUCCAUUGAUGAUAUUCUCAAUGAAGAACUCUACAAAACUCAGGUCGACAGGAUUGAGCUCUCGUUUAAAUCGGUAAAUAAUUACAUUGGAUCUUUCGUAUAUCCGUUAUUAGAAGAAACACGAGCGCAGCUAUGCUCGAGUAUGGAGGUCUUGCAGAACGCUCCAUUCGCAAAAGUGAACAGCAUUGACAAUGAUAAGAAAUUUGGAAGAAAAUUCUACAAUUUGAACAUUGGGGAAUGGAAAAACAGAUUCACUCUUCGUACUAACGAGCCGUACAGAAUUCUUCCAGGAGAUGUUCUAAUUUUGACAGAUUAUAAACCGGAAACCGUCAAUGGUUUGCAGAGGUUUGCAAGGAUGUGGACUUUUGUUUCAGUAGUCAAAACAAGUGAAGAUGAAGAUUUAAAUCUUAAGGUUAAGGUGAAGGCAUCAAGUGAUAUUGAUCCCGAACUCAAGUAUAAUAAGUCUCUUUUUCUUGUCUUUUUGACAAAUAUAAGCUCGAAUAGAAGAAUUUGGAAUGCACUUCACAUGGAUGGGAAUUUGAAUAUAGUGAACCAAGUGUUAACCACAAGCGAAACGGCGGUUGCGGAGAGUUGUAACUGCUGCUCUGUGAGUGAAAUGUCAAGGGAUGACAGUUCUUUAGAAAGGUUAUUAUCGAAUCUGAAUGAUUACCAAAAGAAAGCCAUUCAUGCAUGUCUUUCGGGAAUUCGGUGCAGCUGUACUAAUAACAACUCAAAGAUCAAGCUGAUAUGGGGUCCCCCGGGGACGGGGAAGACUAAAACUUUGGCCACACUCCUCUUUGCUCUGAUGAAAAUGAAAUACAGAGUCCUUGUAUGUGCCCCUACAAAUGUUGCCAUAAAAGAAAUUGCUUCACGCGUUGUGAGUAUUGUGAAGGAUUCGGAAUCUGGUGAAACGUUCUGUUCUUUAGGGAGCUUUCUCUUGUUUGGGAAUAAUGAAAGACUUAAAGUUGAUGGGGAAUUAGUUGAGGAAAUAUAUUUGGAUUAUCGUGUGCAGGAGCUCACAGAAUGUUUUGGAUCUUAUAAAGGUCUGAGUUCCUGCUUACGAGAAAUGUUUCAUUUUCUUGAUGGUUACGAAUUGAAAAGGAAUUAUACUGGAAAGUUUAGAGGAGAGUUUCUCUCUACAGCAUUGCGGCUAAGGCGCUGCAUUUCUAUCUUAUUUACACACGUAAACGUGGACAUUGUUGUGUAUGAAAAACUCUAUCAGAACUUGGUCUUGUUGAAGAAGGCACUUGAUUCCUUUGAAGAUUUGCUGUUUCAAAAUGGUGAAUACCAAUCAUUGUGCAAAGAGAGAAAUGAAUGCCUAGAGGCUUUAAAAGUCGCAAGAGAUUCACUUGUUAGAUUUCCGUUUACAAAAUCUUUUAAAGAUAAGGCGAUCCGGGAGUCAUGUUUGCAAAAUGCAUCAUUAUUAUUUUGCACUGUUUCUGGCUCGUACAAUCUACAUUCUGUUGCGAUGAAGCCACUCGACAUUUUGGUUAUAGAUGAAGCGGCGCAGUUAAAAGAAUGCGAAUCGCUCAUAGCCAUGAAAAUUGAAGGAAUAAGACAUGCUAUCCUUCUUGGGGAUGAAUGUCAACUACCUUCGGUGGUAGAAAGUACUGUCUCUCGUGAAGUUGGUUUUGGAAGAAGCUUAUUUGAGAGACUUAGCAUAUCUGGUCAUCCUAAACAGCUUCUAAGCAUGCAGCACAGGAUGCACCCUAAAAUUAGCUCGUUUCCGAAUUCAUAUUUCUAUUUUAACAAAAUUCUUGACGCUCCAAAUGUCCAAAGAAUUGAAUACAACAAGAAAUAUCUCCCUGGGAAAAUCUUUGGUCCCUAUUCUUUUAUAAAUGUGGCUGGGGGAAGAGAAGAGUAUGAUGCGGCUGGUCGGAGCCGAAAAAAUGUUGCCGAAGUCGCAGUUGUAACGACAAUAGUGAAGAAUCUGCAUAAAUCAUGGCUUGCCAAAAGGGAGAAACUAUGCAUUGGUAUUGUGUCUCCUUAUGUAGCUCAAGUCGCGGCAAUCCAGGAAAAAAUUGGAAAAAUCUAUGACAACGAUGUUGAGUUUACUGUGAAUGUUAAAUCAAUUGAUGGAUUUCAGGGUGGAGAACAGGACGUGAUUAUUCUGUCCACUGUUAGAACAAAUAACAGGACGCCUCUCGAUUUUGUUUCAUCCCAGCAGAGGACAAAUGUUGCUCUCACAAGGGCUAGGCACUGUUUAUGGAUUUUGGGGAAUGAGAGGGCCUUAUCAUACAAUGAAAAUGUAUGGAAGCAUAUUAUCUCUGAUGUAAAGAAGCGUAACUGUUUCUUCAAUGCUGAAGAGGAUGAAGAAUUCUCUAAAGCCAUUUUGGAUGCAAGAAAAGAUAUGGAUCAAUUUGAUGAUUUGCUUAUGACAAAUAGCAUCUUAUUCAGAAAUUCAAGAUGGAAGGUUAACUUCAGUGACAAGUUUCUCAGAUCGUUUAAGAGCCUGCCGUCUGAGCACUCUAAGAAGUUAGUUAUUAACCUUCUUGAGAGGCUUUCUAAUGGAUUGAGGCCGAACAAGACUCGAGUUCAAUCAUUGAGCAAUGAUUCAUCUGAGAUUCUGAAAAGUUUCAAAAUUGAAAGCAGGUAUCUGAUCUUCUCAAUAGAAAUAGUCAGGUAUUCGAGUUAUAUGCAGGUUUUGAAGAUAUGGGACAUAUUACCUCCCAACGAUCUUCAUAAAUUGGCCAAGCGACUUGGAAAUGUAUUUGCAACAUACACUGAAGAUUAUAUCAGUCGGUGCAAAGAGAAAGGUUUUUACAGGCAAAUUGAGAUUCCUCUAACCUGGCCGCUCUCAAGGAACAUUCAAAAAUUAAAGAAUGCCGAUAACAAUAAAGGAAACGAAGGAGAGAAAUUAGUAUCUGUAUGUGAAGAUAGAAAUGAAGCUGAAAUGUCAAAGUUUAAGGAGUGGCUUCUGUUAAUGAAAUACUGUUCCAACAGUGACCAUGAAGCCAUAGAUUUGGAUCUUCUUCCAAUUUCAUUAACAGAAGAACAGCGCAGAGUGAUCUUCUAUCCCCGGAGUACAUUUCUACUUGGACGUUUCGGAACGGGGAAAACAACUGUGUUAACAACCAAGAUGAUUCGUAACCAAAAACUGCACCAUUCGGCAGUUGAACUUGUAUAUGAAAGAAGCGCGAGUGCACUUGAGAAUUGCGACAAGUCUCAAGAGAUUUGUGCUGAGACAGAGAGGCCAGUUUUGAGGCAGUUAUUUGUGACACUAAGUCCUGAACUGUGUCAGGAGGUGAAAUGCCAUGUCUCUCGGUUUGAAAGGUUUGUGGGAACAUCGGAAGCAAGUAGUUCUUCGGUAAAAGAUAUCCAUUUGCCAGAUUCAUUCCUGAAUGUUCAAUUUAGUUCAUAUCCACUAGUGGUUACAUUUCGCAAAUUCUUGAUGAUGCUGGAUCUGAGUUUGGGUAGAUCAUAUUUCGAGAGGUUCAAGGUCGCUAAGAAUUCUUCUCUUGGCCAAGGUUUAGUUCCAUGGGAGGCUUUCUUAGCAACCAAGGAAGUGACUUAUGAAAAGUUUGAUUCCUCCUAUUGGCCGCACUUCAAUGCACAAAAGAUCAAGAACCUUGGUUCUUAUCAAGUGUUCACUGAAAUAAUGACGCAUAUCAAAGGCGGCAUUGAAGCCACAAACACGGGUAAGAUGAGCCGUAAGGACUAUCUCACUCUUUCUGAAAGCAGAAGAUCAAGUUUGAGCGGGCCGAAAAGGGACUUGAUCUAUGAUACCUUUGAAAACUAUGAGAACAUGAAGAUGAGCAAGGGAGAGUUUGAUAUGGCUGAUUUUGUAAGCGACCUACAUAGAAGGUUAAGAUCUUCAAGAUACCAAGGUGAUCUAAUGCACUUUGUAUAUAUUGAUGAGGUGCAGGAUCUAACCAUGUCUCAGAUUGCUUUGUUCAAGCAUAUCUGCCCGAAUGUAGAGGAAGGUUUCAUUUUCUGUGGAGAUACGGCUCAGACAAUCGGACGAGGGAUCGAUUUCAGGUUCCAGGAUGUAAGGGCCCUCUUUUACAACAAGUUUACGCUUGAAUCAAAUAAAGAGAAGGGCCUUAUUUCAGAUAUGUUCAUGUUAAGUGAAAACUUUCGUAGUAAAGCCGAGGUUCUUAAGUUGGCACAAAGUAUCGUUGAACUUCUCUUCCAUUUCUUCCCUUAUUCGGUGGACAUUUUGAAGGUGGAGACCAGUUUGAUAACUGGGGAAGCCCCCUAUAUACUUUUAGGAAAUUGGAUUGAAACAAUUUUUGGUGAAAAUGGAUAUAAGAAUGUUGAGUUUGGAGCGAAUCAAGCCAUCGUGGUGCGCGAUAAUGAAACUCGAGAGAAAAUCUUGCCUCUGGUGGGAAAAAAAGCUCUUGUUUUAACAAUUUUGGAGUGCAAAGGCCUUGAAUUUGAGGAUGUAUUACUAUACAACUUUUUAUCAACUUCACCCUUGAAGAGGCAAUGGGGAGUCAUAUACCAAUUCAUGAAGGAAAAGCAUGUAUUUUGUGCAAGUUUUGAUGAAACCAAGCACAAUGUUUUGUGCUCUGAACUUAAGCAGUUAUAUGUUGCUGUAACGAGGAGUAAGAAUAGAUUGUGGAUAUGUGAAGAUAAAGAAGAAUUUUCGAGACCGAUGAUUGAUUAUUGGAAAAAGAAAAGUCUUGUCCAAUUCAUGAACCAACCUAAUGAGGCUUAUUACUCAAUGCAGAGUGGAAUUAAGGAAUAUUUUUUGGAGGCAAUGAAGAAUUACUCAACUAAUUCACACGAAUGGAUGGAGCGUGGAAUUAAGCUAUAUAAUCAAAAUAAUUAUAGCAUGGCUACCAUGUGUUUUGAAAGAGCCGGGGACGAUUAUUGGUUGAAAAAGUGUAAACAUGCUGCUCUGAUUGCAAUGUAAAUCAAUAUACUUUUUCAAUGUA